CAGCGAUUAUCCGCGCGACGAGGAAACAAACGAACUCCGGGUCUCCUACCCGCGUUUCCUACGCCUAUUCUCUUCUCGAAGCUCGAAGCACACCGUGGAAGGUUCGGGCGCACGGCCAUGGCGAUGGCGAUGGCGGCUCUCCGUGAGACCACCCGCCGCCUCGUCUCCAGGAGGGAGUACCCCGCGGCGGCCCGCCCCUUGCUCCUCACGCACUCCCGCGGCAUCACCUACAGGCUAUUCAUCGGAGGACUGUCCCAAUUUGCGACCGAAGAUAGUCUAGCAGAUGCUUUUUCUCAAUAUGGCCAAGUACUAGAAGCAACAAUUGUCACUGAUAAGAUGACCAACAGACCAAAAGGGUUCGGCUUUGUGAAAUUUGCCUCUGAAGAGGAAGCCAAUAAAGCAAGGGAAGGGAUGAACGGCAAGCAGGUAUUGAACGGCCGAGUUAUCUAUGUCGACAUUGCGAAGGCCAAAAUGAAUCGUGUUGCAGAUUCUAGUCCAGGAGCGACAGGCCCUCCUAAGCCACCUGACAACAGCUGAUAGAAUGCGUGUCAUCUCCAUACUUUCUUUUAUCUUCUGUACUAAUACUCUAGCGUUAGAUUGGGAGGAUCUUGAUAUUAUUGAGAAGUUCAUGCAUAAUAAUAAUACCGAAUUUCCAGUUUUGCAA